AUGUCGAAGGCUCAAGAUAGUUUCGGCGACUUAGAUGAUGGCUUUCGUUCCGGCUUGAGUCAUGAGGAUCUAGCGAAACCACUCCUAAUUAGCAAUGACAAUGCUGAUCAACAUGACCAUGGCCAAGAGAGGCGGAUAACGAGAGCAGCACCGCGGGCACCCCCGCAGCGCAACACCAUGAUGCUAUGGCUCACCUUUCUAAACCUGGUAUUGCUAAUAACCUCUGUUGUUCUCUUGAUCUUGGUCUUAUCUCGCCAGGCCUGCGUCUCGCACUUGAGCGAUCAAGACAAGUGGAAGGCAACAUCGCAUUACGCACCUCUACUGGACCGUGUGGAUAUUCCAAGAGUUACCAUAACCCCAAAUGCAUCCUUGUACGACACUGAUCCGCCUUCCAUUCUGCGAAUACCGACAGGGCCUGAAGCCGACGCCGAAUGGUUCCGCAUCGGCACCGGCGUCAUGCCGAUUAUCAUAUCCUCCGAUGAAAUCUACAAACUCGGAAAAGAUCCCUCGAUUGCCGUGAAGAUUCCAGAAGAGCAUGGAUACGGUGACGAUGCAUAUAUCGCACAGACGGAAGUGUUCCACCUCCUUCACUGCCUGGACAUGUUACGGAAGGAGAUCUCGUACGAGCAUUACUAUUUCCCUCGGUUUGGAAACCAUCCGGACGCUGAACACGUUGCACAUAUUAGUCAUUGUAUAGAUAUUCUGGCACAGGCCGUCAAAUGUUCCAGUAGCGUUGACGUGAUCCUCUUCAACUGGGUCGAGGGAUGGGAUCAGCCGUUCCCUGAUUUCAAGAAUCAGCAUGUGUGUCGGGAUUUUGAGACGCUUCUAGGACAUGUUACUGAGAAUUCGGUGCCACGCUCCGUGUGGAAAACAAUGAAAGAACCACCUGCGGGUUAUGUGCGUCUGCCGGAACCUGCCCCGGCACGACCAGCUGAAUCAGAUACAGAUCCAUGA